AUGAGUCCUAAGAUUGACAAGAUUGUGGGCAUUGCGUCAGUGACUCACGGAACCGACAUAGAUAGUCUGCUCACGCUUUUUAAGGCACUUGGUCUUCGUCCUGGGCUGGACGACCUCCUGAAGAACUUUGGCUGCGCUGCAUGCCUUGACGUGCUUCCUGAUGGCGGCCCUGUCCAGGCCCUCCACGACGGUCCUAUUGUCCAGCCUGGGAAUAAAGUCACUAUGAUUGCCACUAAACACGAUGAGCUCGUCACACCAGCUGAAAAGGCCUCUUUCAUCAAUGAGCCGGGCGUGUAUAACGUCUACACUCAGGACCCGUGUCCGAUUGACUUCUCUGGUCACGUCACUAUAGCCCUCGAUAAAAACAUGUUCAACAUGGCUCUUAACGCCUUACAAGACAAGAAUGGUAGAGCUUUUGAAUGCACAAUAUUUUCUGGCUUGGGUCUUAAAAGGUAG